GCAGGCGCAGCUGCUCGGUUCCUUUCGCCGCGGCUUUCCCGGCCCAGCUCUCGCGGACAAGUCUCGACAUCGCGCGCCCCCCCCCCACCUUGGGGACCGCCCCCUCCUCGCUUUCGGCGGCGUCGAAGAUAAACAAUAGUUGGCCCGCGAGCAGCCAGUGUGUCUCCGGCCGCGGAAUUCGGCGGGCUGCGUGGGAGCGACGGGAUCCCGGGCAGCCGGCCAUGGCGGGGUUGUACUCGCUGGGAGUGAGCGUCUUCUCCGACCAGGGCGGGAGGAAGUACAUGGAGGACGUAACUCAGAUCGUGGUGGAGCCCGAGCUGACUGCAGAAGAAAAGCCGGCGCCGCGGCUGGCACUCGCGCAGCCGGCGCCUCUACCGACGGCGCCGCCCGCUGCUCCCGGCGGCGGAGCGUCAGGAAAAGGCCCGGCGUCGGCUCCGGACGUUGCGGCCUCGCAGUCCGCCGGCCGCUGCUGUCGCCGCCGCUCCUCUGUGGCCUUCUUCGCUGUGUGCGAUGGGCACGGAGGCCGGGAGGCGGCACAGUUUGCUCGGGAACACUUGUGGGGCUUCAUCAAGAAGCAGAAGGGCUUCGCCUCGUCCGAGCCCGCCAAGGUGUGCGCUGCCAUCCGCAAAGGUUUCCUCGCCUGUCACCUCGCCAUGUGGAAGAAACUGGCAGAAUGGCCAAAGACUAUGACAGGUCUUCCCAGCACAUCUGGGACAACUGCCAGUGUGGUCAUCAUACGGGGCAUGAAGAUGUAUGUAGCUCAUGUAGGUGACUCUGGGGUGGUCCUUGGAAUUCAGGAUGACCCGAAGGAUGAUUUUGUCAGAGCUGUGGAGGUGACACAAGACCAUAAACCAGAACUCCCCAAGGAAAGAGAACGAAUUGAAGGCCUUGGUGGAAGUGUGAUGAACAAGUCUGGUGUGAAUCGUGUAGUUUGGAAAAGACCUCGGCUUUCUCACAAUGGACCUGUUAGAAGAAGCACAGUUAUUGACCAGAUUCCUUUUCUGGCAGUAGCAAGAGCACUUGGUGACUUGUGGAGCUAUGAUUUCUUCAGUGGUAAGUUUGUGGUGUCACCUGAACCAGAUACAAGUGUCCACACCCUUGACCCCCAGAAGCACAAAUAUAUUAUCUUGGGGAGUGAUGGACUUUGGAAUAUGAUUCCACCUCAAGAUGCCAUCUCCAUGUGCCAAGACCAAGAGGAGAAAAAAUACUUGAUGGGUGAGCAUGGACUGUCCUGUGCCAAAAUGCUUGUGAACCGAGCACUAGGCCGCUGGAGGCAGCGUAUGCUCCGAGCAGAUAACACGAGUGCCAUUGUAAUCUGCAUCUCUCCAGGAGUGGACAAUCAGGGCACCUUUACCAGUGAAGAUGAGCUCUUUCUGAACCUGACUGAUAGCCCUUCUUACAACAGCCAAGAAACCUGUGUGAUGACUCCUUCCCCAAGUUCUACACCACCAGUCAAGUCCCUGGAAGAAGAUCCAUGGCCAAGGCUGAACUCAAAGGACCAUAUACCUGCCCUUGUUCGUAGUAAUGCCUUCUCAGAGAAUUUUUUAGAGGUUCCAGCUGACAUAGCUCGAGGGAGUAUCCAGACUGUAGUGAUGGCCCCCAAAGAUCCAGAGGCACUUGAAGAAAAUUGCCCUAAAACUCUGACUUUAAGGAUUCACGAUUCUUUGAAUAAUACCCUGUCAGUUGGCCUUGUACCAACUAAUUCAACAAACACCAUCAUGGACCAAAAAAAUUUAAAGAUGUCAACUCCAGGUCAAAUGAAAGCUCAAGAAGUUGAAAGAACCCCUCCAGCCAGCUUUAAAAGGACACUGGAAGAAUCCAACUCUGGCCCCCUUAUGAAGAAGCAUCGGCGGAAUGGCUUGAGCCGCAGUAGUGGGGCUCGGUCCGCCGGCCUCCCCGCCGCCUCCCAGCGCAGGAACUCUGUUAAACUGAGCAUGCGGCGCAGACUUAGGGGCCAGAAGAGAAUGGGAAACCCCUUACUGCAGCAGCACAGGAAAACUGUGUGUGUCUGCUAAAGUGGGUCUGGCAGAUGGGUUUUCUGACUUAGGAUGAGGGCUUUUCAAAUUUGGUGCCGAAGUUGAACUUUUUUAACGGGACAAAAUAAAGAGCAUACAGUUUGACUUUUUGGAAUUUAAGUUUUAUCCUGGCCUUGUACUUGCCUGUAUUAUAAAUGUGAAUUUUGUAGAUGUAGGGAAUCAGUUGUUGUAAAACGUGUGUAAAUUUGUAUCCUUCACACAAACUCAGUCUCUUACUCCGAUACACAGUAAUCGUGAUAACAGGGCUAACGUUUAAGAAAAAUCUAUGAGAUUUUAAAAAUACACUUUAAAACUUUUUAAAACGCUUAUUAAAAAUUUGUAUACACCACUUGUGAUGAAGACACAGCUUUUUAAAGUAAAUUACUGACCAAACUGGAAACGUGAUGUAUUUUCAUAGUGAUAUGUGCCCUCUUAAUGUUUCCUAGGGACUACUAGUGUCUCAAGCUGUUUUUUUCCUUUCUCAUUUCAUAUAAUUCAGGACUAAACAUAGGAGAAGCACUGCUGAUGUAGCUUGACUUCCAUCUCCUGUCUCAUACUAUGCAGUGUUUUCUAGCUUCAGUAGCAUUUUUCUGGAACAUUAAUCAUUGGAUAUACUUACUAAAUCUUUGGCAUAGAAGGAGGUAUAUUUGCCUAAAACAGUGCCCUUCUCAGUCGUCCCAGACCAGUGGCAUUAUUAGGUCAUAUAGUUAUCCUCUUCUAGUGUUUGCUUAAAAUAUGUGAAGUUUUUCUUGCCAUUUCAAUAACAGAUGGUGCUGCUAAUUCCCAACAUUUCUUAAAUUAUUUUAUAUCAUACAGUUUUCAUUGAUUAUAUGAGUAUGUUCAUCUAAUAAAUCAGUGAA